AUGAUGUCUGGCACUCCACAUUCCCUCACUCUCUCCAACGGAACCCCUAUUCCAACUCUUGGUCUUGGAACGUGGCAAUCAGCUCCAGACGUCGUCGGAGCGGCUGUGAAGGCCGCAAUCAAGGCCGGUUAUCGAUUGAUCGACACGGCGACGUGCUAUCAGAAUGAGGAGGCGAUUGGGACGGCGAUUCUGGAGCUGAUCAAAGAGGGCGUCGUCAAGAGAGAGGAUCUUUUCAUCACCACCAAGGCGUGGACCAACGAAAUAGCCCCCGGAAAGCUGGAGCCAGCACUGGAAGAGUCGCUGAAACGGCUGAAAACAGACUACGUGGAUUUGUAUCUGGCUCACAUGCCAACGGCGUUCAACGAUGAUAUGACGGAGAAGAUAGCAGUGUCUGUAGAGGAGAUUUGGAAACAAUUCGAUGCGAUUCACAAGAAGGGACUCGCAAAGGCCGUUGGAGUCUCGAAUUGGAAUGAGAAACAGAUUAAGAAAGCCCUCGACCUGAAUCUGACACCAGUGCAUGUGUCCCAAGUGGAACUUCAUCUGUAUUUCCCUCAAAACGAGCACGUGGCAUUCUGCAAGAAGCACAAUAUCAUUGUCACCUCGUAUGCAACACUCGGAAGCCCCGGACGUGUCGAUUUUCAGCUUCCCAAUGGAGGAAAACUGGAAUGGGCGCCAGCACCGCAGGAUAUGGAGGAUCAAUCGGUGAAGGAUUUGGCGAAGAAACACGGAAAGACGCCAGCUCAGAUUCUCCUCCGACACACCCUUCAACGGGGACUCACCAUGAUUCCAAAGUCGACGAACGAGGCACGCAUUCAGGAGAAUCACGAUAUUUUCGACUUCCAACUCACUCACGAUGAUAUGGCGAAGCUGCAGGGAACACAGGUCUCGCAGCGAUUGUUUUUGCAGGAUUUCAUGGAAGGACACCCGGAGGACGCAUUCGCCGAUGAGCGUCUCAAAAAGUGA